CAGGAUGUCACUUCUCAACUUUCCUAUUCCGAAGUUGGAUGUCACUUUGCAGGAAGUGAGCCGUGUUCUGCAGCUUACUUUCAGUUCUGAACUGUACGGGGAGUUCAAGAGCACCUUGGAGCAGCAUCGGGGGGUCCUGGAAGAAGCCCAGAAGAAACUAGCCGCGGUUGUUGAGGGCCAAGAGAACUGGGUGACGCAGCAGUUCAAAAGAGGCUUGUUGUCCUGCGCCGACCCCCUUCCCACUUCAACAGCCCUUCCAGUUGUUCUGCUUCCAUCUAAACUAAAGGGAUGCACACAGCUGGCCAGGUCAGCAGCUCUGCUCUGGGCAGCAGCCAAACUGUACAGUGAGCCUCUCCUGCUGGAGGGCGAUGCCCCGUUGGAGCACACUCAGCAGUCUGAGGUGUUCGCUGCCAGCCGUAUUCCAGGAAGGAACCAGGAUGAAAUCAAGGUCUACCCUGACAGCCUUCAUGCAGUCAUCACCUGUGCUGGGGGAGUGUUCCCUCUUGACAUCCUGAGGCGCCCCAGCGCAGACGGUCCAGUCUCUGCAAAAUCCUUCACAGAGAUCUACACCCAGCUGGCUCAGGUGAUGGACCAGCCCAGAGCUGGGAAGCAGAAUGAUCCGUCUGUGGUUUGCAGCCUCUCAGCUCUGGAGCGCAAAUCCUGGGCUGCUGUGAGGGAAGAGAUCCUGGAACAAGGAGGAGAAGCGCUGUCUUCUCUGGAGCUGAUGGAGAGCGCUGUGCUCACUCUGUGCCUGGAAGACUGCGACACGCCGUCUGAACUGGCUGAUGUUCUCAACGCAGUGCGACUGGGAGGAGGAGGAGGAAGGCCGUUCCUGAGACACUACGACAAGGUCCUGAACCUUGUGGUGUUCAAAGACUGCACGGCUGGGAUGGUGUUCGAGCACAGUGCUGUGGAUGGGAUGGUGGCUGCUCUUGUGACUGAACGUGUGUACCACCUGUCUGAGAGUGUUGACCUAAAUCAUGUCCAAAAUGAUGCAGAAAACACGGCUAGGCCAGUCUCUGAUAACAGUAAGAAUUCUGUUUGCCCAACUGCCUUAAACUUUCCUCUGAAAGCAACGAGUCCCCCCCAGCAAAACCCUGAAUUGACAAAAAGCCAUCCAGUUCUCACAUUCGAUUUGUCCUCUUAUCCUGAUGUCUUUUCCACUCUCAGAGGGCAAAGGGGGCUUUAUGAUGCUUGGAUAAACUUCUCAUUGCAGCUCUCCCUGAGUCAGACGCUUGGUGAAGCUGCUGACUGUCACAUGUUUGUCACUCCAACCCACAUGAGGCACUACAAACACGGUCGAUGUGAUCCCACCUACUCUGUCACCAUCCACUCUCGUAAAUUAGCAAGUGUCAUAGCAUCUCGCAUCAGUCCAGAUGGUACAAUCCAGUACACCACUGACCUCUUAGAGUUGUUCCAUGCUGCAUUUACAGAGCACAAGAACCUCAUCAGAAACACCAAGACAGGCCAGGGUGUUGGUCCCCAUGUGGCUGCCCUCCGUCGAGCUUUACCACCUGACAACCCGCUAAAGAAGUUUCUGGAUCCUUUUGCAUGUCCAUCAGUGUACCUCACAGGAAUAGAUUUUAUGGAGGGAAUUGAGUGUGGAGUUGGAAAUGUUUAUUCUCAAGAUCAACUGGCUGUGACCUACCUGGGGAAGAGAGACAAGGUCCGCAUUAUGCUUAACGGAAAAGGGAGCUUUGCUCUAUCUCUAGAAAAACUUCAAGAAAACCUCAAGAUAAAUCUGAAGUUAGUGAUGCUUCUAGCUGUUCGAUAUGCCAUUGCAAGCCAAAUGCAAGCCCUUGAGUGUCUUUUCCAUCAGGAUCAGAAAGAUCAGAAAAACACUUGCUCAGGAAGUUCAGACCAAAGUAAAACCAUUGCCGACACUCCCACUGGCAUGAGCUCAAACCACACUCUGGUGAUUCAUGGUGGUGCUGGAGAGGACAUGAUGCUGAACAAUAAAGUGGCAGAUAUCAUUGAGUUUGCAUUACAAACUGCCUUAACCCUUGGGUCCAAGGUGCUUCAACAAGGUGGCAGCAGUUUGGAUGCAGUUCAGAGGUCUGUGGAAGCCUUGGAAGACUGCUUCCUGUUCAAUGCAGGAAAAGGUUCUGUUUUUAACAAGGAUGGCGUGAAUGAAUUGGAAGCAACCAUUGUUGAUGGUACCGCAAAGAGGGCAGGAUCUGUUGCAUGUGUGAAGAGUAUAAAGAACCCCAUAAAAGCAGCCAGGGCUGUAAUGGACAAGAGUCCACAUGCACUGAUUGUGGGAGAGGGGGCAGAAGAUUUCCUCCGGGGUUUAGAAGGCAAAGAGAAACCUGUUGGACCAGAGUAUUUUCACACUGAUGUACGUCAGAAAGAGUUGUUUUUGAAACUCGGUGGUGGAAACAGCUCAAAGGGCAGUCACCCUCAGACUGUCGGAGCUGUAGCCUUGGAUUCACUGAAUCGACUUGCUGCUGCUUCCUCAACGGGUGGAUUGGUAGGAAAGCUGAAGGGCAGGGUUGGUGACACAGCAGUGGUAGGGGCAGGGAUAUAUGCCGAUGACAGAGUGGCUAUAACCUGCUCUGGAGAUGGAGAUGUUUUCCUCAGGAACACGGUAGCACAAAAGGUAGCCAGUCUAUAUCACAACAAAGGGUAUAGCCUUAGGCAAGCCUGCAGGGAAGUGAUGGCUGAGGACCUGAAUGGAACCUGUGCAGGAUUCAUUGCUGUGGAUGCAAAAGGUGAAGCAGUCAUUGAAACAAAUGCUGGUGUUAUGUUUGUGGCCUCCAUGUCUGGUAGUGUGUCGCGGGCAGAGAUCAUUAGGCCAGUAAAGAGCUUCUCCAAUGUAAUCUGGGAAUCAGACAAGCUAGUAGCUUACCUAAAUCCUAACCCCUGGACUCCUGGAUCAGCAAUUCUAACCAGAAAAGCUCACACUGGUGUAUGCAGCCUCUUCCAGUUGUCCACACUUGAUUUUAUUUCCAUGUUACAAGGAGCAAAAGAUGUGUCAAACUUGUUGUGUGAGCGACUGGGAGUACAGCGUUGUGCCUUGGUUUGCAACCCAGUCCCUGACCAACCAGUUCAAAUCAGAUUACUCCCGCUUCAUGGUUUAGAGCCAACAUGGAAGCCUUGUCUUAGUGCUGAGGAGGAGUUCCAUCCUCACAACACUGGUUACUGUACAUCAAAAGAUGGGCCGCGCUGGGAGGAUGAAGCAUUGACCAAGGUUCAAACCCAGAUCCGGAGUGCACUGCCAACACAAGAGCUGCCGUUUUGCUUUGAGUAUUUUGGUGAUUCUUCAGAUGAUAACUUGUUCAGCCGUAUUAUACGGGGCAAAGAGCAGCAGUGGCGCGUGUGGGAAGACAGUGAGCAUGUUGCUUUUCUUACACCAUACCCAAAUAGACCAGGAAUAACUGUUGUGGUGCCACGCAAAGCACUGCCCAGUGACGUCUUCCAGCUGGAUGAACCUGAUUACACAGCAUUGAUCCUGGCCACUUACAAAGUUGCUAAACUACUUGAAAAAGGAAUGCAAGCCCAGGCUGUAGCAAUGAUCUUUGAAGGCUUUCAGAUUGACCAUGCUCAUGUCAAGUUGAUCCCUCUGCUGCCCUCACCAGAAGGCACUAGACCAGUUGAGAUACAACCAGAAUGUGUUCAAAGCUACCCUGGAUUUGUGUCAUCAACUGAUGGUCCCCCGGCCGAUGGGGAAACCCUCCAAGACAUCUACUCUAAACUUGUUCAGUGCAAACCACCUCGCUCGUGGGAGGACCCUCAGUCUCACCCCACAUUUGCCAUCAGCAGCCCAUGGUAUCGCAACCUGUUCCAGAUUCAGAACACCCUGUUUCACAGCACUGUGGAAUAUUUCCACAGUUCCUGCCAGUUUGCCUAUGCUCUGACCCCUCUUACUACAGACACCAUUUCUUCUCCAAUGGGCCUGGGAUCUGACUCAGAACCAGUGUCUGUCAGCCUGCUGGGACAGGACAUCUACCUGGCUGACUCUAUGCAGUUUGUGCUUGAAUACUUCCUUCGCUUCCAGGAAAACCUAGCAGGUACUUACUACAUAUCUCCCAGCUUCAGAGGGGAGGAUCCAGAUGCCACUCACCUGAACCAGUUUUACCAUGUUGAAUGUGAACUGCUGGGUGACAUGGACAAUGCAAUUUCUGUUGCAGAAGGAUACUUAGCCCAUUUAACUAAAUCAAUGGUAAAGAAACACUCAGAUCUAAUCCUGAAUACUGCUGGCACUCUUUCACACAUCACAUCUCUGCUUAGCAAACUGCAGGGAAACACUCCCCUACCAAGGAUUCCUCUGGAUCAGGCCAUUCCCAUGAUGCCUUCCGCAGACUGCUUAGAGUGGGUACUAGAUGGCCAGCCGGAAUUUGGUAGAAAGCUGACACGCAAAGGAGAGCGGUUUUUAAUUAAGAAGUAUGGUGGUCCUGUUUGGCUAACUGAGAUGGACCACUUAGGAGUUCCCUUCUAUCAAGCAUAUGUGGAGGGAACCGAGAGGCGCAAAGCAAAAGCCGCUGACCUUUUGCUGGGACUGGGAGAGACCGUGGGUCUUGGUGAACGCCAUUCCACUCAAGAGAUGGUUCAAGAUGCCCUCAGGCACCACGCAGUGCCAGAAGAGUCCUACAAGUGGUACAUUGAGAUGCGCCAAGUGAAGCCCCUCCUCACCAGUGGAUGGGGAAUGGGCACGGAGCGCUAUCUGUGUUGGCUGCUUCAGCAUGACGAUGUCAGAGAUCUGCACAUUAUACCCAGAUUGAAAGGAAAGAAGUACAUGCCGUGAUUCAGUCAGAUUGUUAGGCCAUUAGAUGUGACAUAUUUUUAAAACCUGGGCCAAAACUGAGUAAACAGGACAAUUUAUUACUGUACAACUUGAACCAAAAUUAGUCAUUUUUAUUAUAUUGGUUUUACCCGUUUCUCAAAACAGAGGAAACUUGCUGCCGCUUUUAGAAACAACCGGGUCCCCAAAAUGUUUUUUAAAAUAAUCAAAUGUAUUUUUAAAAGUUUUCUUUGUUGUGCAGCCACAAGAUUACAUUUGUCAACAUCAUAGAAAUGUGGAUGUUAAAAAAAUAUUGUACUCUUUUGUACUGUCUUGCAGAGAAUAAUUGUUUCCAUAGUUGAAAUAUUUACUUUCUCACUUUUUAUGACUUCAUACAUUUUUAGAUGGAUUUUAAAAAUUAAAAAAAAUUGUUAAAAAAUGCAUUCCAAUCACAGCUCUUGUGAAAUUAUCACUUUUUCUUCUUGUAACAAUUUUUAUGCAAUGGUUUUAGUUUUGGCUAUUUGUCAUGUUCCUUUUUGUUUUUAAUUUCAAAAGAAUCAUCCUGUAUUGAUUUUAUAUUCUUGAUACUGAAUUCAAUCUAAUUAAUUUGAAUAAAUCAUUGAAAGAUUGCAUAUGUUUCACGUGACAGAUGAAUUGAUAGAAUUGUUUUAGAAUCAUUUAUACAUAUUUGCUCAGACUGUAAAGACGGUUCAUCAGCAGCAAAUUCUUUGAUUCUUGGGUUUUAAUUGAAUUGAUUAAAUAAAAUGAUUUAGAUAAAAAUUGUGUUGUUG